CGGGCUCGCAGAAUAGCGCCUUUCUUCCGCGCUGACGACAGUCUCUGCCGCGACUCGCCAGAAGCGACCGCCACCUCCGGCCCCUUCCAUAUCAAGGCUGCGCAAGGCAAGUCUUGCACUUGCCUCACCGGCCCUAUUAUCGACGCGCCGGUGCAUAACCGCCUCUACAGAGUGUCCCGGCUUUCUAGUCUUCACGCGACUUCGCGGUUCUCCUGAAAGCGACAAACCAUGGGUUCACCCAGCGUCGCCGUAGUGCUUGCAGUCGUGAUUCUUCUGGUCGCCGCCGUCACCUGUCACGGAGACGGUCCCCCGGGUGCCUGGCAGAAGAGGGAGGUGGGCGAAGACCCUGCGUUCGAGGAGAUGGCGCACUUCGCGAUUUCGCAGCAGGUCGGCGGCGACAGGGAAAACUUCGACACGGUGCUCGAGAUCCUCGAUGUCGAGACUCAGCUGGUUGCCGGCACGAACUACCGAAUCAAGUUCAAGACAGCCGAGUCCACUUGCAAGUUGACAGAAACUUACAGCAAGGAGAACUGCCGUCCGAAGACAGGAGAUGUAAAGGAGACUUGCACCGCUGUAGUCUACGACGUGCCCUGGGAAAGCAAGCGAUCCGUCACGUCUAUCGCCUGCUCAGCUGCUAGUAGUUCAAAGUAGACAGAAACGACGCCGCCGGACAUUGACCUCGUUCCAGGACUUGGUUUCUGGAACUUCGCACUUUUGACGUGUUUCAUGUAGUGCCCUCAAUAAAGUAGCUGACAGUGCGCAAUGAAAUAGACGCGUCACAAGCAAAUAAAAUGCCACUUCAUAAAAUUCCGAACACUUGAGUUCGAUUCGGC